CCUCUGGUGAUGCAGCCGCCGGCGGAGCUGUCGUCCUCUUCUCCACCUGUCCAUCGAGUAACUUCGAGUCACUUCCUUCCCACUUUUGUCAUUCGAGUGCCGCCAAAUGCGGCAACAGCGGCGGCGGCGUCGCCUCUGGUGAUGCAGCCGCCGGCGGAGCUGUCGUCCUCUUCUCCACCUGUCCAUCGAGUAACUUCGAGUCACUUCCUUCCCACUUUUGUCAUUCGAGUGCCGCCAAAUGCGGCAACAGCGGCGGCGGCGUCGCCUCUGGUGAUGCAGCCGCCGGCGGAGCUGUCGUCCUCUUCUCCACCUGUCCAUCGAGUCACUUCGACGGCGGCGGCGUCUCCUCUGGUGAUGCAGCCGCCGGCGGAGCUGUCGUCCUCUUCUCCACCUGUCCAUCGAGUAACUUCGAGUCACUUCCUUCCCACUUUUGUCAUUCGAGUGCCGCCAAAUGCGGCAACAGCGGCGGCGGCGUCUCCUCUGGUGAUGCAGCCGCCGGCGGAGCUGUCGUCCUCUUCUCCACCUGUCCAUCGAGUCACUUCGAGUCACUUCCUUCCCACUUUUGUCAUUCGAGUGCCGCCAAAUGCGGCAACAGCGGCGGCGGCGUCUCCUCUGGUGAUGCAGCCGCCGGCGGAGCUGUCGUCCUCUUCUCCACCUGUCCAUCGAGUAACUUCGAGUCACUUCCUUCCCACUUUUGUCAUUCGAGUGCCGCCAAAUGCGGCAACAGCGGCGGCGGCGUCUCCUCUGGUGAUGCAGCCGCCGGCGGAGCUGUCGUCCUCUUCUCCACCUGUCCAUCGAGUCACUUCGAGUCACUUCCUUCCCACUUUUGUCAUUCGAGUGCCGCCAAAUGCGGCAACAGCGGCGGCGGCGUCUCCUCUGGUGAUGCAGCCGCCGGCGGAGCUGUCGUCCUCUUCUCCACCUGUCCAUCGAGUCACUUCGAGUCACUUCCUUCCCACUUUUGUCAUUCGAGUGCCGCCAAAUGCGGCAACAGCGGCGGCGGCGUCUCCUCUGGUGAUGCAGCCGCCGGCGGAGCUGUCGUCCUCUUCUCCACCU